CGCCCCUCCCUUCGCGGCGCCUGCUCCGUGGAGUUAGCGAGCCGGCAGCUUGGCAGAGCGAGCGGAACCUCGGCGUGCCACGGUAUCUCACAGCCUAGACUGUCGCUGCCGCCCCGCGCGCCGAGACCCGCCAUCCCAGACCCCGACUCCCUUUGGCUCGGCCCGCGCGCCCCACGCCCGGCUCGGGCGGCGCGACGGGAGGAUGAGCGGCGGGCGGCGGAAAGAGGAGCCGCCUCAGCCGCAGUUAGCCAACGGGGCCCUCAAGGUGUCCGUGUGGAGCAAGGUGCUGCGGAGCGACGCGGCCUGGGACGACAAGGAUGAAUUUUUAGAUGUGAUCUACUGGUUCCGACAGAUCAUCGCUGUGGUUUUGGGUGUCAUUUGGGGCAUUUUGCCCUUGCGAGGCUUCUUGGGAAUAGCAGGAUUCUGCCUGAUCAAUGCAGGAGUCCUGUAUCUCUACUUCAGCAACUACCUACAGAUCGACGAGGAAGAGUACGGUGGUACAUGGGAGCUCACCAAAGAAGGGUUUAUGACGUCAUUUGCCUUGUUCAUGGUCAUUUGGAUCAUCUUUUACACGGCCAUCCACUAUGACUGAUGGCAUUUGCUCCCGUCCCUUCUGUCCAGUCCAAAGGACCCUUUUAUUACAGCACAGAUACAUGCUUAUUGGGGCACUCCUGCUGUGUGGAACCGAGAAGACCCACGUCUCCUGGACUUAGAAUCAGCGUGUUGGGCAUCAGUGUUUUCCUGCAAGGGUUGUGAAACUUUUUAAAGAACCAUCCGCCUUUGGGGAAGCAUUUCUGAGUUUGUCCAUUGUCAACAAUCUGUCCUUGGAUACCAUCAUGUAACAGCUGUUUGCCAAGUGGAGCCGCUGUUGAAUCUGAUGCGCCUCUGGAUCCGGAUGAAACAUUGUCUUCCUUGGUUCUCCGUCAGGUGUACAGUUUUUAAACCAUCACUGCAUCUCAAGUCUUCUGAAAACACCAUGUGCGUGGUCCAUGGUACAAUACAAGCAGCCAUCUACUAAGUUCCAUUGUAGGAUGUUUUCAGAUACUUGAAUAAACAAAUCUUUAACUGAAA